UCUUCAGUCACUACAGGAAGUGUGUUUAUUUACGGCGCAGUGUCACUGGAACUCUGAAGUGUAGAAACCCAACAUUUAUCAGCGUAUCAGAGUAGAACUGUUAGUGUGUGUUCUGUGAAAAACACCGAGGACGGAAGGAGUUUAUGCGUGUGUUUGGGCGCGUGCUGAUAGUUUUAGCCGGUGAAGCCUGAGCGUUAGCAUGCUAGCUUAGGCUACAGCUAACAGCUAACAGGAGGACACCCUGGUCCUGUUUGUGUCCACAGACCCACUGUGUCUGUCAGUGGACACGGACGGACCUCCUGUCUUCUGUGUCCGUGUUUAAGCUAAAGUCUGUCUGGAGGACUGGGUGAACAUUUACCACAUUUACGGUCCGGGUGGAUUCAACUACUAUUACUGAAACUGGGGCAGGACAGGUUCCACUGGACCGACAUGGGCUCGGCGGUGCCCGGAUGAGAACACGUCCUCGUUGAAGCCGUCUGUCCCAGGUGGCGUCCUUUGGUCUUGUGCCUCGGUGGACUGUCGCUGAACCUUCAGGAUGUUAGAGGGUCUGGUGGCUUGGGUCCUCAACACCUACCUGGGAAAAUAUGUCAGUAACCUGAACACAGACCAGCUGUCCAUCGCCCUGCUCAAAGGUGCAGUGGAGCUGGAGAACCUCCCACUGAGGAAAGAUGCCCUCCGAGAGUUUGACCUACCAUAUGAAGUCAAAGCAGGUUUCAUUGGGAAGAUCACUCUGCAGAUCCCCUUCUAUAGACCUCACUGUGACCCCUGGCUCAUCUCCAUGUCCCAGCUCAACCUGGUCAUCGGUCCCACUCAGCUGCAGGAGUACGACGGACAGAAGGAGCUGCAGGAGGAGAAGGAGCGCAAGAGACGCCUCCUGACUGCCCUGGAGGACAAGUUCAGAAGUGAGUGUGAGCAGAGGGGGGAGUCCUACUGGUACUCAGUCACAGCCUCAGUGGUCACCAGGAUCGUGGACAACAUCGAGUUGAAGAUCCAAGAUGUCCACCUGAGGUUUGAGGAUGACCUGUCCAACCCACACAAACCCUUCUCCUUUGGGGUCUGCAUCAACAAUGUGUCUGUUCAGAACCCUUCCAAAGAACCAGUGCAGAAGCUGCUCAGACAGAAACAGUUGGAGAUCACAGACUUCAGUGUCUACUGGGACACACACAGUCAACUGCUGGGGACACUGCCAGCCAAUCAGAUCCAGGAGGCCAUGACCCAGUGCAUGCAGAGCCGAGAACAUCAGUACAUCUUUGAACCGGUGUGUGCAUCGGUUCUACUGCGAAGGAACACGUCCAAAGAACCGCUACGUUCUAGACAAACCCCCCGGAUCGAAGGCCAGGUCCAGCUGGAACCCAUGUCCUUACGCCUGUCCCAGGUUCAGUAUCAGCAGAUUAUGGUGUUCCUCAAAGAGCUGGACCGCAGAGAAAAGGAGAUGCUUUAUCGGAGAUGGAGGCCGACGGUCCCAGUGUGUGGGAAUUCCAGGCUGUGGUGGACCUUUGCCAUCCAGGCCAACCUCAAUGACAUCAGGGAACAGCGUCAACGGGGCAGCUGGGACUUCGCUCUGCAGAGGGCCCGCGACGCCCAGACCUACACCAGUCUGUACUUCAGGAGGCUGAAGGGGGUCCCACUGAGCCCCCAGGAGCAGUGUGAAAUGGAUCGAGUGGAGGACGAACAGACCAUAGAGGAGUUACAGAGUCUGAGAGAAGUGGUCCACGACUGGUUUAGGAAAGAGGAGGAGAUGGCAGAAAACAUGCGAGAGCCCAGUGCCGACCCCCAGUCCUGCCCCCCCCCCACAUCCAUCCCCAAGAGUGGCAGCUCUGGGAUGAUCCAGUACCUGCAAUCCUGGUUCCCAGGGUGGGGGGGCUGGUACGGAGAUUCAGAGGGCCCGUAUGCAGACCCUGAGGAACUCCUGCCCAGUCCAUCCUCCUGGGACAUUCUGGCAGAGACAGAGGACCUGUUCGACCCCCUGGAGGACUCUCACACUCUGAACACCUUCACCAGAAGGGACCACCUGUUCGCCCGCCUGGAGUUUUUACUGGAGAAGGGGGCGGUGACCCUGUUCCACCAGGACAGGAGGGGGGGUGCCAUGCACGAGAGCGGGGUCAUCCAGCUGGAGUUUUCAGGGGUGCAGGUCAUGGUGGAGUCCCUCCCUCGCUCAGAGUCCUCCCUGCUGUCGGUCAGACUGGGGGGGUUGUUCCUCAGGGACCUGACCACCCAGGACUCCAUCUUCCCUGUCCUGGUUUCUCCUAAAACAGACAAAGUUGUUGUUGCCAUAAAUCAACCAUCUGGACAGUUCAGCAGCAGCUCAGGUUGCAGUGCAGACUGUUCUUCGUCACCAGUGUUUGAAAUGAUUUAUGAACGAAACCCUAUGAGGUCCAAGUUUGAGAGGAAGCUGGAAGUGAACACCAGUCCAUUGAACAUCAUCUACAACCCACAGGCCAUCAAGAAAGUGACGGAGUUCUUCUACAAAGGCAGAGUCCACACCUCAGGUUUUGGGUACCAGUCUGAGCUGGAGCUCAGAGUAGCGGAGGCUGCUCGGAGGCAGUACAAUAAGCUGAAGAUGCAGACCAAGGCAGAGAUUCGACAAACCAUCGACCAGCUCCUUGUGGGAGAGUUUAUUGAGAACAGUAAACGCUGGACCAUGAAACUGGACAUCUGUGCCCCUCAGGUCAUUUUCCCUGACGACUUCCAGUCAGGGGAUCCAGUGCUUGUUGUUGUUGAUUUAGGGAGGAUUCUUCUCACAAACUUUCAAGAUGACACUAAGACCAACUCCAAAGCUACUCAACGUGAUGGAGAAGACAUGAGUGAUGAUGAGUAUCAGACUCCCCUUGCCACGCCACCAGAGUCUCCGCCUCCUGAACUGGACGUGCCUUUGAAAGAACAACUGAAAAGCCCUGAACUUCCAGGCCUAAAAUAUCCAGAGAGUACACAUCCCUACAGCAGAAAGCUCUAUGAAAAAUACUCCAUGUCUUUUAAGGAUCUGCAGAUAAUGGUUGGUCGUUACAAGGACAAUUGGAAACACCUUCAGGAAAGUGAGGUGGGGCCUACCCAUGUGGUGGAGAAGUUCAAUGUGCUGCUACAGUUAGAACAGAGGCUGCGCUACACAUCCGAUCCCCAGCUCCCCGGGGCCGUGCUGUCAGGAACCCUGCCGGACCUCAAGGUUCAUAUUAACUUUGAGAAAAUGUCCGCUCUCAGGAAUUGUCUGGCGAGGCUGAGCAGUCCAGCCGGUGAAAGUGACAAAGGCCAAAACAAAGGCUCAGAUUUAAGGUCUCCAGAUCCUCUCACUCUUCGUCAUGACAAGAUCUUUCAGAGGGAAGACAGCUCCUGGAAGCUGCAGGGUUCAGCCAAGAAUCUCACUCAGAGCGUAAUGACUUUAGAGCAGCACACACGGGAGGUCCUGGUGGAAUCGCGUCUACUUUUGGCUGAAUUCAACAUCAACUACAUGCAGCUCGGUGUGGAGAGUGAUGGCCGCUACAUAUCUGUUCUUAAGGUUUUUGGCACAAACGCACAUUUCGUCAAGCGACCGUAUGACGCUGAGGUCUCCCUGACCGUCCACGGCCUUCUGCUGGUGGAUACAUUACAAACUUACGGCUCAGACUUUGACCUCCUGGUGGCUUCCCAUAAGCAUCUGAGUUUUGACAUACCCACAGGCAGCUUGAAGGAGAGCCAUCCAUCAUCCCCAAUGUCAUCUGAUGGGAAGUCUCCUGAUCAUCAUCAGAGUCAUCAUGUUGAGCCGUCAACUGGGAUGCCCUUGGACACAAUCACUCCCUUUAGUUCAUUUCUCAAAGACCAAGAUGCCCUCAUUAAACUUGAGUACCAAUUUGUAAACUCAGACUGCCCCUCCAUGAAUCUGGACAGCUCCCUUCAAGUAACUACCAUGCAAGUCAACAAUCUAGACAUUAUUCUCAAUCCUGAAACCAUGGUGGAGCUGCUCAAGUUCCUCCAAAAGUCUUUCCCCAAAGAAGAUAACAUAUUGGCAUCAGCAGCUCAACAAAAUCCAUCACAGCCUGUCAGUGAGGAAGAGGAGGGGACCUAUCAGGCAACCUACGAUCAGAACAAAGAGCUAACUGUGGAGAUCCAUCGCCUUAACCUGCUACUCCUUCGAACUGUGUCCACCGGCACUGUCCUAGGUGCAGAGAAGAAGGGGCUGAAGAUCGCCACAGCCAGCAUCACUGGUACAAAGAUCAACGUGUCCAUGGGCAGUCGGAUGGAUGUCAACGGUUCCCUGGGGUCGAUGCAGUUGCUGGACCUGACUCAGGACGGAGGCCGAAGCCAAUUUGUGGUCAGCAUCGGCAGCGUAGAAGACAGCUCCUCAAGCGUUGGCGGAUUAUCAUUCCUUGGUGACGUGGGGGGUUCUCCCUCAGAAGCUUUAAAUUUCCGCUUUUUAGAGAAAUCCCAAGGAGAGUGUUCUCUGCUCCUUCAAAUGGCAUCUUUACACUACAACCAUUCGGCCAAGUUUCUAAAGGAGCUGACUCUAUCUGCCAAUGAGGUUGAAGACAAUUUUCGUUCCAUGUUGAAAAGCGCCGCCACCAAAGUGUCAACAGUUCUGGCUACAAAGACAGCAGAAUACAGUGGCAUGGUGUCGCUCUUUGAGACUCCCUCGCGGAGAGCCCGCACUCAGAGUCAGACCUGGACUUAUCCAUUUGAGGAUGAGGAGGAUGACCCCAUAGAGGAAGCUGAAGCUAGCUUAGACACAUUUUUGGUGAAGCUAACCCUGGACAUCAGCAUAGAAUCCCCAGUUGUGUCCAUUCCCCGUAAACCUGGACACCCUGAGCUCCUGGUUGGACAUUUGGGAAGCAUAACAAUCCAGAACUUUGUCACUGGCCAAGACACUGAAGGUGAGAGGUUGCAGGUGUUGGUGAAGGACAUUCGCCUCUAUUCACUCAACAUGAGUCAUUUGAUUUUGAAAAAGGCACCCAGAGGUGAUACCACUCCGAGCUCCACGCUAAUGUCAGUCAACGGUGAAGUCGGUCAGAAUGAACCGCAGUUCACACGUCAUGACUUCUUUGAAUCCCUCAACCGUGGAAAAGCUUUUCAUAUACUCAAAGACACCACCAUACAGUUCUCCCUGGAGAAAAUUCCCAUUGGUGAGGACAUGCAGUGUACCCUCCUGACCUCGGUGGAGUCCUGCAGGAGCACAGGUUUACUGAGAAUUGAGGGGAAAUUUGUCAACCCUGUUCAGGUGUUCCUGUGCAAGCCUGUGUACGAACAAGUCUUGCAGACUCUGGACAACCUGUCCUUGAUCGAGGAACAUCGCGUCACUCCGAGCCAGCCGCCCACACCCCCACCACCGACGCCUUCCUCCACCAGACCUCACCGCUUUCCUGACCCCCAGGGAGGACUCUUCACAAGGGACCCUCCCUACAUCAGUUUUUCUCACUCGUCACUGUCCGCGCCCUUGUCUUUACAGUCCCACAACCUCCCUCUGCCCUCUCCGUCGUCGUUCACUCAGCUCAGAGUCACCUUACAUGUGGCAGAACUGCAGGUUCAGCUCAGUGCUGACCUCACCCAAGGCUCCCAGGGCUUAGUUAGCCUGUGCUUCCAAGACCUGGAAGGAGACUUUACCAAAGACCAUCCUCACUUACUGGCAGUUGAGCUGGCUCUACGCUCACUGCUCAUGGAAGACCUCUUAGAGCAGAACCCCAAGUCCAAGUACAAACAUUUAAUGGUGUCCCGCGGAGCUCCCAAACCCUCCUCGCUGAGUCCGAAGGAGUACCUCUCUCAAAGCUGUCCGUCUGCAUCCAAUGCCUUGUGCCCAGACAUGCCACGCUCAUUGCCUUCCCAUAUGGAGGAGGCCCAGAAUGUCUUCCAGCUCUACCAGAGGCAUCCGAGCACCCCUUCAGCUAACAGCCGCAAACCUAAGAGGGGCCCAGAUUGUCCCAGUACUCCACCGCCCUCACCUACCCACUCUAUACCGUCUGCACAGCCUCCCCCAGACUUCGAUAACUCAUUAGUUCAUAUCAGCGUGCUACUGGUGGACCAAAACCACCCUGAGUUCAAAAUGCGCUACGGCAGUGUGGGGCGAAGUGUGGACGUCGACUUUAACUGCCUUGACGUCUUAAUCACAUUACAGACGUGGGUGGUCAUCCUAGACUUUUUUGGCAUUGGCUCCACAGCCAAUAACCACGCAGUAAAGGUACCCACAGUGUCCUCACAACCUGCGCCGAGACAUCUACUGUGUGAGCCUGACAUGAGUGACGAAGAGGUCACAGAAGUCGUCAACACCAAAGUGGACCUAAAGGUUCACUCUUUGACUCUCGUGUUGAACAAGAAACUGAAUGAACUUGCCCGAGCCAGUGUUUCAAAGUUAUCGGCUCACUUGGAAAUGUUGGAGGGAGAUCUGGCACUGCAGGGCAGUUUAGGAAGUUUGUCCCUUAGUGACCUGACGCCGCACGGAGAUUUGUACCAAGAACGCUUCACCACCCGAGGAGGAGAGGCCCUGGUCUUCAACAUCCACAAGUACGGCCAUCCUGAUCCGCACCUGGACAGGGAGUGUGACAUCAGGGUGUGUAUGAAGAUGGCCUCCGUCCACUACGUCCACACUCAGCGGUUCCAGGCUGAGGUGGUGGCCUUCAUCCAACACUUCACCCAACUGCAGGAUGUCCUGGGAAGACAGAGGGCCGCCAUGGAGGGACAGGCUAUCCGGGACCAGCCCCAGCGGGCCUCCAGGGUUCUGCUGGACAUCGAGGCCGGGGCACCGGUCAUCCUGGUCCCAGAAAGUUCCCGGUCCUCCAGGGUCAUCGUGGCCAACCUGGGCCAGCUGAAGGUACAGAACCAGUUCCUGCCGGCGGGGACAUACGGGACCUUCUCCCUCAAAGACAAGGAGCAUGUGAGGAGGGCAACAGAGAGGAGUCCUGAGGAGGACAAGGCCCCAGACCCCCCCAAGAGCACCACCAGGAGCCCCCCAGCCUCCACAGGGUUCACCCUGCAAAAACCACAGCCCCCAACGUCCAGAUCAGACCCUCAGAAGGGCCCCCCUGACCCCCCUGACCCCCCUGGACCCCCCAGCACCUCAGACCAUGUGUGUCUUUUGGACGUCAUGGCGUUGGACCUCCAGCAGAUGGACAUCUUUGCAGCUGAACGCUUGGGCAUCCAACCCCGGGACAGCGGCUCAUCCUCAGAAUCAUGUGACCUCAUCGUCUUUCCGUCCUACUCCGUCCGCCGUGUGGGAGGAAACCUGCUGAAGGACUGCUGUCGACUGAAACUGCAAGUGGAACGCAACCUGGACAAAGAGCUGAGUCAUGUUGUCCCAGAUAUGUGUGUCCAUGGCAGUCUGUCCUCAGUCCACUGCUCUUUGGACCUGGAACACUAUCAGCUGAUCCGAGGUCUGCUGGAGAACAACCUGGGAGAACCAGUGGAAGAGUUCCUACGGCCGUACAACCUGCAGGACCCCAGCACCUAUACGGUGCUGAGUGGGGACGUGUACACCAGUCUGUCCUUCAUGGUGGACAUGAUGGACGUCAGCCUGGAGCUGUUGGACAGUCCCAAAGACCACCCACGCACACGCUCAUUAGCCAGGUUUGACUUCAUGAAGUCCAAGCUGCUCUUUGAGAGUUUCUCCAACGGUUCCAAGUCGGUCAACCUCGUGUCUCACUCUCUGCUGGCGUACGACACCCGGUUCUCUGAGUCCAGAACCGGUCCCAGAGGAACCAGCAGAAGCGGACACAACGUCUUUGACUGCAUUCUGCAGCCAUCAAGAACAGGAACCAACCGAGCGUCACUGCAGCUGGAACUGCACUACAGGUCCACUCGGGACUCAUCCUCCUUCACGGUGGUCCUCAACAACCUGAGGGUCUUCCUCAUCUUUGAUUGGCUGCAACUGGUGCGGGACUUUCUGCGGGUUCCGGUGGACCAGACGGGUGGACCUUCAGAACUGCCCCAGGUCCAGCCUGGUACUGUCUGCACCAGUUCUGCCUCUGCCUCUGGCUCCGCCUCUGCAUCCUCUGGGAACGGCGCCGUCAUGCCCAAGACCGUCAAGAUAGGCGUGGUCACCAAGAGGUCCACAGUACCGGUGACCCAGGACCGACGGCUGGAGGUCAAGGUCAACAUCACAGGUACAGAGUUCGUGGUAGUGGAGGACUGCUCCAGUCUGGACACCAGUGCCAUCAUUCUGAAAGGAACCACUGUCCUCACAUACAAGCCCCGCCUCCUGGACAGACCCUUCUCGGGAAGCCUCGCUGGGAUAGAGGUGUUCUCCUGUCGUCUGGGCAGUGAACAGGAGACGGCCCUGUCAAUCAUCGACCCUGUCAAUGUUCAGAUUGAGCUGUGUGGAAGUCCCACCUACCAGAGCAGCUCCGGCCUAUUGGAUGCCUUCAACGUAGAGGACAUCCCCCCACUGUUGGAGAUCCAGUUUCCUGCUCUGGACAUCCGUCUGUCCUAUAAUGACAUCCAGCUGUUUCUGUCCAUUGCUAAGUCCAUUCCCACUGCCAGCACACCGCUGCCCCACCACUGUGACCCUGGAACUGACACCAGCGCUCAACCCAUCCCCCCCAGACACAGCAGUGGACAGAAGACCCAGGCACCCACAGGGGGUCAGCUGACCCAUCUCCAGGACCUGGGCUUCAGAACAGAGGACUGUCGCAGAGCUCUGGUCCACUGUAAAGGCCACCUGGACCAGGCUGCUGCGUGGCUGUUGGAGAACGCAGACACCAUGGCGGCUCAUCCCAGGUCCAGGUCCGACUCGGGUUCCCGCUGUCACUCCACUCCUCUGUCUGGGAUCGAAGUCAAAGCUGAGAGCGUCUGCAUCUGCUUCAUCGACGACUGCCUGGACUGUGACAUCCCACUGGCAGAGCUCACCUUCAACAGACUCUAUGUUCUCCAGCGAAUCGGUUCCACUCAGGAAGGAAAUGCCAGUUUCACUCUUUCAGGGGAUUAUUAUAACAGAGAACUGUCAGGUUGGGAGCCCUUCAUUGAACCUUGGACCUGUCUUCUGUCCUGGCAGCAGCAGGCGGCCGGUAGACUCCACCCACCACGCCUCAAAAUGUCUGUCAAGGCCAAACAGAGGCUGGACGUCAACAUCACCUCUGUGCUUCUGGAACAGUACAACACCACCAAGAGCUCCUGGAUGGCAGACUACUGCAGUGAAGACCCCCAGACCUCCCAGCCUGCAUCUCCAGUACCGUGGAUGGGCUCUUCAGUGGACCCCCCCAGCUCCAGCUCCAGUUCCACUCACACUGCUCCUCUUGCUCACCUUAGAACUAGGAGUUCAACCACCUUGACCUGCCUCCACAUCCGCUCCACAGGUGUGAAAUUGUCCAAAAGACGACAGCCGUUUGUACCGUACGCUUUACGGAACCACACAGGAUGUACCAUGUGGUUCGCCACUCUGACCACCAGUCCAACAAGGGUGGCGCUGUCCCACAGCUCCAGUGCAGACUCCAUCUCAGACGUCCACAGUUCAGGAGCUGAUGACCUCCAUAAUGUGAGCCAGUGGAGGGAGGUGCAGCCUGGGGAGGAGGUGCCCUUCGAGUUCGAAGCCCGAGAGAAGCUGAGACACAGACACACCCAUGAGUUGAAGCUCCACCAGCUGUUGGUUCGUGUCUGUGGGUGGGAACAGGUCAAACCGGUGUCUGUGGACAAAGUGGGCGUGUUCUUCAGAUACGCAGCUCCAGACAGAACCAGCUCUGCUAACACUGUGGGCAGUCCAAUCAGCAGAACCAACAUCAUCCAUCCACAUGUCUAUUUCUCGGCCCUGCCCCCGGUCAGAGUGGUCUUCUCCAUCACCAUGGAGGGCAGUGCCAGGAAGGUCAUCACUGUGCGCUCAGCUCUGAUGGUCAAGAACCAGCUGGAUGUUCCCAUGGAGGUCCGACUGGACAGCCCCUCAGCUCCAGACAAACCUGUGGUGUUGCCGCCCAUCCUUCCAGGCCAGGCCUUGGCCAUCCCGCUCCACCUGACUUCGUGGCGCCUGCAGGCCCGCCCCAAAGGGCUGGGCCUGUUCUUCUGUAAGGUCCCCAUCCACUGGACCUGUGUGGAGCGCUACGGAGAGGUCAGCAGCAGCAAGAGGGAGUGUCAGUCUGCAGACUUCGACGACCACGUCAAGAGGAACUUCAGGUUUUGUGUGGUCAUCAAAAAGGAGAACUACCCAGACCAGCGGCCGGCCAAGAGGGACGUGGGCGGGGCCAAGCAGAUCUACCGUCAGCCCGGUCACAGUGUGUACCUGCUGCCCACCAUGGUGCUAGCCAACCUGCUACCAUGUGACCUCAACUACUACAUUAAAGGAACCGCCAUUAAGGGUUCACUGAAACCAGGAAAAGAAGCAGUGCUGCACGCUGCCGACACGUCCCAGAACAUGGAACUGGGUGUGCUGCUGGAGAACUUCCCUUUGUGUAAAGAGUUGCUGAUUCCUCCUGGAACUCAGAACUACGUGGUUCGGAUGCGUCUGUAUGACUCCAACAAACGCCUGCUGUGUCUGACCAUUCGUAUCAUUCUGCGAGCACAGGGGGCGCUGAAGAUCCUGGUGUCUGCCCCUUAUUGGCUCAUCAACAAGACCGGUCUGCCAUUGAUCUUCCGUCAGGACAACGGGAAAGCCGACGCCGCGGGACAGUUCGAGGAACACGAGCUGGCAAGAAGCCUCAGUCCACUACUGUUCUGUUACACCGACAAGGAGCAGCCGGCCAUGUGCACCAUGCGCAUUGGAAAGGGGAUCCACCCUGAUGGAGUCCCAGGGUGGUGCCAGGGCUUCUCCCUGGACGGAGGGAGCGGAGUCCGAGCUGUGAAGGUCAUCCAACAUGGGAACAGACCUGGACUCAUCUACAACAUAGGUAUCAGUGUGAGGAAGGGGAAGGGUCGCUACAGGGACACUCACAUCGUGACCUUUGCCCCCCGUUACCUCCUGGAUAACCGCUCCACUCACAAACUGGCCUUCGCUCAGAGGGAGUUCGCCAGAGGAAAAGGCACGGCCAACCCAGACGGGUACAUCUCCACCCUCCCCGGCUCCAGCGUGGUCUUCCAUUGGCCACGCAACGACUACGACCAGCUGCUGUGUGUUCGUCUGAUGGACACGCCCAACUGCACCUGGUCCGGAGGCUUUGAGGUCAACAAACCCAAGUCCUUCCACAUCAACAUGAGGGACACCCUGGGGAAGUGCUUCUUCCUGCGGACAGAGAUCAGCCUCAAAGGUGCCACCUACCACAUCGCCUUCAGCGACACCCACCAGCUGCCCCCACCCUUUCGCAUCCAGAACAACUCUGAGGUGCCCAUCCAGUUCUGGCAGCAUGGCGUGGUGGACAUGCGUCUGUACACGGAGGUCAAGGCGUCCACUGUGCUGGACUACGCCUGUGAUGAGCCCACCCUCCCCCCCUACCUCACCCUGACCGUCAAGGGGGCGGGCUCUUCUGAGGUCACGGCUGACAUGAACUUCUUCAGAGAAUACAACAAACUGUACUACGAGAACUUCAUCUACAUCGCAGCCACACAUACCUUCAAACAGCGUGUGGAUCACAGACCCAUUGGAAAGAAGCUGCUGGUCAGCUGUUGUGAACUGGUGCUGGACGUGGACACGAAGACACAAAGGGUCAUCCUCAAACAGAAGGAACCAGGGAAGCGUUCUCAGCUGUGGAGGAUGUCUGGUUCUGGGAUGUUGUGUCAUGAAGGUUCUUCUCCACCUCAGAGUAAACCGGCUCAGCCUCGACCUCUGGACUCGUCCCUGGUUCUGGACAUCGUAGGGUUAGCAGCGGUCACCGAUAACAGUUUCGAGCCCCUGAUGCUGCGGAGGCCGGACCCCCGUCGCAGUACCACCCAGACCUGGUACUUCAGCUCAGGGAUGCUGACCUGUGGCCUUCCUCGACUGGUGGUCCAGGUGAAAGGGGGUGUAGCGGGCCUCUAUGAUGGAGCUGAGGUGGUCCUGGGACCAGACUCGGGCCUACUGGAUCCCAGUCCAGAACAGCAGUUCAUCAACCACAAAAUGAGACCGGGUUCUGGGGUGCUGUCGGUCCAGGUUCUGCCCCACGGACCCACGCGGGUCUUACAGAUCAGUGACUUCAACCAGAGAAGAACCAUCUGUAACUCUCCCACCAACGAGCAGAGCAGGAACAAAGACCUGGAGCCGGAGCAGGAGGAGCCGGAGCAGGAGCUGGAGGUAAAGGAGGAGGACACACAACCCCCCCAGACAGAUUCUACUGCCCCCCCUGUCUGCAUUCAGUCUGGACCAACCGAGUCCAGCAGAAGCAGCAGGGAGUGA